ACGCUCAUCAUACUAUUAGGCGACUGAAGCUCACCAUCAGAAGCUCCAAACAUCUGGCCACCUUGUUCGUGAAUCGAGCUUGGAAAUGUGGUGUGACGGCGUUCCAUUGCAAUUCGAAGCUCAGGAGGAUUUUAAACAAUUUACUUACUCGCCAUUGUGUUCGUAUUCUUCGGAUUACCAUCGGAACAAAGAAGUCAAGAAUUAUCUGUUGAACGUCGCCGUUAGCGGCACUGCGACUGUUCUGAAGGGUCUCGCCGCUGCUUCGAUAAGAUAUCAGCAAAGAGAAGAGACAACCAAUGAGAGAGAAAUUAUUUCUCUUUCUUCUUCAGUUUAUGCACGAAAAGGCUUCCUCGUCUGUGGAAAGGAAGGACUAGUUUAUCAUGCCAAGGGUAUGAAAUUUAAGAUGGAGGGACUAGAAGUCGGCUUGGAGGAAAUUUUAAUCGUGACAACGGAAGUGGAAAGAGAGCAAUCAAGAACAGAGAACAAGUUGGAGAUUGAAGCCAGAGUACUGUUCUUCACGAUUUCAAAAAAGAUGGAAAGUAUUAAAAAAAGUUCGAGCCAAACUGGCUUUGUUGUGAUCCACCAUUACUCGUCCAAAACAGGAGAAUGGAAAAUUACUGAGUUUAACGGCAGCCAGUAUGACGAGGCUUUGACUGAAGUGCACAAGAUCGAAACACACAUGUCCACUAUCCCGUGUGAGGUAAACAAAACACCCAACAACCAGCUCUCGCGCAUGCGUGUUAUAGCCGAACCAUCCGCUCAUGAAAACGAGAACAUUGGCCUUCUUAUUGACCUUCAGAAUGUAAUUAAAUUUUUUCAGUUAGAAAUAGCCGAAUCCGAAGCUCUGCAAACGAGUGAAAAAACUGAAAAGCUGAAAAGCGCACUGGCAGACUUGCAAAGUAUGACUGUCAAAGAUUGCUCUUGGGAGGCAGUUGAUAACAUCAAAAAGAAGAUAAAGUAACUUUCUUAGAGAAACAACACGGAGAUCAUCUUAUAUUUUUUAAAGGACUACCAUCCUUAUUCGCCUGGCUUCUCUCUCUCGCGCGCUACUUCAAUCCUCUCGCAACCACUAAUAUUUCAGCACUGGAGUAAUGUUAGUUAUAUUUUGGAUAACUUAUGUAAUGGAGUGGCAGAUAAACCAUCAACCAAACCACAAGCAUUUUAGAGUCAUCUGAUAUGCGAUUCCCUUUGAUCGGACAGUUUGAACGAGGCAUUCACCAAACUGAGAGCGUCAUUUACCUCAUGCCCUUUUGAUUGCAUUAAUUAUUCCUUUCUGAAUUUCUUGAUUGGGGUGCAGCAAGUUUAAGGAAGGAUAUCUUGCUGGCCAGCAAGUUAUUUGAACAAACUCAGUUUUGCACUCAGUAGAUAGGGAGAGUUGUUUGCUCGAUAUUGUUUAUUUUUCAUUCAUUAUUAACUGUAUAUGUACAAAACUAGAUAAAAUACGUCAGUGAAGGAAAUUCCUUAGUAAUUUCGCUGGCUGUGUUUAAGACAAAAA